AUGGACGCAAUCAAUGGAGUGCGGAGAAAAGACACGACCAAGGGCCCGCCGCUGCGCAUCCUCAGUCUGGACGGUGGAGGUGUGCGCGGCUACAGCAUGCUGAUUAUCCUGCAAGAGCUGAUGCACCGCACUUUUGUCGAGAUUGAAGGCCGCGCGCCAAAGCGACACGAGAUUCCGAAACCAUGCGACCACUUCGACUUGAUUGCGGGAACUGGCACCGGCGGCCUGAUUGCCAUCAUGCUGGGCCGCUUGCGACUGGAUAUCGAAACUUGCAAAGACGUCUAUGUACGCAUGACGCGACGAGUCUUUGAGACAGACAAGACCAUUGCCGGCAUCCCCUACCGCUCCACCCUGUUCAAAGCAAGCAAGCUAGAAGAAGCCAUCCGAGAAUGCGUAAGAGAGCACACAAUAUACGACGAUGAAGGAAACGACUCUCAAGAUGCCGUUUCCUCGUCCUCCCGCCAAAGUCUCCAAGUCGCCCGGCCUGCUCGCUCAGUCAGUGUCGCCAGCAGACACAGCACCAUCGGCAUGACUCCAGUAGACCCUCGUACUUCUGUCGGCGUUUCGAGAUGGGGCAACCCAAAUGCCUUGCUCUAUGAUAGUCGUGAGAGUAGGACAAAGACUGCCGUCACUGCUGUCUACCGUGGCACCCCUAAGGGUGGAAAGCCCGCCCUGUUGCGCUCAUACGACUCGCGUAAGGAGCCCUCGCCCGAGUACAACUGUUAUAUCUGGCAAGCUGGACGCGCCACUUCGGCCACUGCCCUUGCCUUCAAGCCCAUCCAAAUUGGUCAGAGUACCUUCCUUGACGAAGGUGCCGGCAAGUACAAUCCGAGUCCGCAAGUCCUCGAUGAGGCCGUCUGCAAUGAAUGGCUGGGAAGGGAUGUAGGCGUCUUUCUCAGUGUCGGUACCGGCAAACGUCCUCCCGGCACAAACAACCGUCAGCACGAGUGGUGGGAGGACUUUGUUGGAGGAGGCAUGGGUGACUUUGCCGAAGCCCGUCGCAGGCUGAUUGCGAAGAUUGAGGCUUGUGAGGAGACACAUCAAUAUAUGAUCGACGAAUACCUGUCAAAGCGUCAGGUCAACCGCCAGAACUACUAUCGUCUGAAUGUCGAGGUCGGUGUCGGCGAGUAUGGCAUGAACGAAUGGAACAGACUUGGAGACAUCAGCACCAGCACCCGUAUGUACCUUGCUCGACCUGAUGUGCAGGCACAGAACUUCGACGCUGCUGCAAAGCUCGCCAAAGUCUACUUCAGCAAAAUCCGUCAUGACCGACACCCCUCCUGGGACGGCCAGGAGAUCAUCAACACCACGUUUAACAGACAAACUGCUCCGCUUGCUUCAAUCGCUCCCUCUAGCCACCCUCUUGCUGUCGAACUACCAGCCGAAGAUGUCUUUCCGCCUCAAUCAUAUCAGCAACGCCCUCCAACAUCACAACCGCCGUUACGACAGUCUUCUAUUUCCGACAUGAAAUAUACGGUCGUACCUGACGAUCAAUGGCCCAAUCAUGAGCCUGUGAGGACACCGACUAGCGCUACACGUCCUUCGCCUCCGCCGGGCGCCUAUAGACCAUCGAUGGACUCGAUGCAUCGAUCAAGUGGCUCAUUGAGCCAUCAUCGGCCAAAAUCUCAAGACAGCGGUACGGCCGGGUAUGCGCCUCCAUUACCUCCCAAGACCCCUCUACCAUACCCCGACAAUGCCGCACCUUUGAGCCCUACCGUCGGAAGCCCAACUGUUGGAAGUCCGAUGAGACAUUCAUCAUACAAUGGAGGGUCGUUUAACAUCGCGCCGUUACGACAAGCUUUGCCACCUUAUCCAGAUACAGACGGUCCUCCGCCAAUUGUCAACAUCGCACGCAAGCCUGAAUAUACUAGUGGUCCUCGCUACUAG